AUGGGUGUCGAUCUUGACCAUCGCUACGAUCGUAAAGCCGUACGACGAGCACCACGUUCAAAAAAUUUAUAUUUGCUCUUACUCGUUAAACUUUACCGAUUUUUGGCACGUCGUACUGGUGCAAAAUUUAACAAAAUUAUUUUGAAACGUUUAUUUAUGUCGAAUACAAAUCGACCACCACUUUCACUAUCACGUCUUGUUCGUCAUAUGAAAAAGAAAGGUCGUGAGAAUAAAACAGCUGUUGUUGUUGGUUCAAUAACCGAUGAUGCACGACUUUAUGAAGUACCUAAACUCACUGUUUGUUCGUUACAUGUAACGGAAGGUGCACGAGCAAGAAUUCUUGCUGCUGGUGGUGAAAUCUUAACGUUCGAUCAGUUAGCACUACGUACACCAAAAGGUAAAAGUACUGUUUUAUUACAAGGUCCACGAAAAGCACGUAAAGCUAACCGAUACUUUGGACGACCACCUGGUGCUCGCCAUAGUACAACAAGACCAAAAGUACGAGCAAAAGGUCGUAAAUUUGAAAAAGCUCGUGGUCGACGAGCUAGUCGUGCAUACAAGAAUUAA